GUCUCCCCUGAGAAACGAUUGCAGUUCGUGUUCGAAGUAAUCAAUUUCGACAAUUCGACCGGCGGUCUUGUCGUGAUCGAUGAUUUGCGAUACUCCGGAACGCUGUGUGAUGAGAUGGCGCAAUCAAGCACAACCACAAUCAAUCCUCCACAAAUCAAGCAACUUUUUUCGCUGCAGUAUCAACCACAGACCAUCGUUGUGAGUCGCUUUACCGUGUUCUCUUCGUGGGAUAGUUCCGGAUGA